AUGACGACGCGAAUAGCACCAGGUGUAGGGGCAAAUCUUCUCGGCCAACACUCCGCUGAACGCAACCAAGACGCCACAGUCUACGUUGGAAAUCUUGAGCCCAAAGCGACUGAAGAGAUACUGUGGGAGCUGUUUGUGCAAGCUGGACCAGUUGUCAAUGUGUAUGUUCCCAAGGACAGAGUCACUAAUGCUCAUCAAGGCUAUGGCUUUGUAGAAUUCAGAAGUGAAGAAGAUGCUGAUUAUGCCAUUAAGGUACUAAAUAUGAUCAAAUUGUAUGGAAAGGCAAUAAGAGUAAAUAAGGCUUCACAAGACAAGAAAAGUGUGGACGUGGGAGCUAACCUUUUUAUUGGGAACCUUGAUCCUGAUGUUGACGAAAAGCUUCUAUAUGACACUUUCAGUGCUUUUGGUGUAAUUGUUACAAAUCCAAAGAUAAUGAGAGAUCCUGAGACUGGAAAUUCCCGUGGUUUUGGUUUUAUUAGCUAUGAUUCUUUUGAUGCUUCUGAUGCGGCUAUAGAGACCAUGAAUGGUCAGUAUCUUUGCAAUCGCCAGAUAACAGUCUCUUAUGCUUACAAGAAAGACACUAAGGGGGAGCGUCAUGGCACGCCAGCAGAGAGACUCCUGGCUGCAAACAGUUCCAACAAUGCCCAGCGAAGUCGGCCCCACACAAUGUUUGCGAGUGGGCCCCCAACUCAGCAAAUGUUUGCGAGUGGGACCCCGACUCAGCAAAACGGCACGGUGGUGAGGCCGCCCUUUGCCAACGGCACGGUGCCUUCCGCACCUAUCCGCAUGCCGCCACCCCCUCCUCAGAGUGCCUAUCAACAACUGUGGCGGCCUCCACCGCCACCUCAGCAGCUGGGCGGCGGUGGGCCCCACCCAAUGCAUCAGCAGCCGCCGAUGAUGAUGCACAUGACGGCCCAGCCACCGCCGCCGCCACCUCAGCAGAUGGGUGGUGUGCCCCACCCGAUGAUGCAUAUGAGCCAGCCGCCACCUCAGCAGAUGGGCGGUGGGCCCCACCCAAUGAUGCAGCAGCAACAACAACAGCAGCAACCAAUGAUGAUGCAUAUGACCCAGCCACCGCCGCAGCCUCAGUGA